AUGUACCUUUAUCUCAGCACUCAAUCAGGACAACGCGUCCUUUAUCUAGUUGCAACAUCUCAACAGCGGGUCCUGGCCUUCCGCCACAGUGACACCAGCGCAGCCCAAGCUAUCGUCGAGUUUCUCCCUCAGACUCAAGUUCCUUUAGGAACACUCAUCCGGCUGACAACACGCGUGGUGAAAGAUGUCUUUCUGGCGGUCGUGACUAGUGCAACUGAGGUGGGCAACACUCGUCCGAAUGCGUCCACCUCAUCUGGCGAAUCUAUCGCUCGGAUUCACGAAGUCUCUUUCUUCAGUCUCACGUCUCCCGCAUGGGACGAACUCUCCAACGAGUCGUUGAAUAACCCUGAGUCGGUUGAUGCCAUGCUGAUGCGCGACAAUUAUGGCCAAUCAACAUCUCCCCCCGUUUUCGAACAUCCAUGUGUGCCGCUGACCAAGCUUCUCUCUUCUGGCUCAUUCUACUUCGCCAAGGACUCCGAGUGGGAUAUCUCAUCAAGACUGGCUAUCCGUCUGGCACGAGGCAAACAAGCGCCUUGGGACCUCUCAACAUUCGAUGAAAAAUUCAUCUGGAAUGCGUUCCUCGUCCGCAGUUUGCUCGACUUUAGAUCUCGACUAGACAUGCUAGAGCGACGAGACUUCGACUCGUGCCAAUUUAUUGUGUUAGCGAUACAAGGCUACGUUGGGGUCACAACGAUGGCUUUGCCGGCUCCACCAACGGACGGAAAACCAGCCAUCGUCACUCUGUCCCUCAUAUCCCGAUUAGGUUGGAAAAGAGCUGGAACAAGAUUCAAUUCUCGAGGAGUCGAUGAUGAUGGAAAUGUUGCCAACUUUGUAGAGGUUUGUCGUAUCCCCUUCAAAACUCCAGAGCCCAUGCCACAUCAUAGACGGAAACCAUUUUCACCACCGAUCAGCAAUGUGUUAGCGCCGUUCAAGUUCGAGGAAGCGUUCCUUGUAAUGUUUUGGGAACAACAGGGUCUGCAAACAUUUGGCCAGAAAAUCCAAAUUACCCGGCCAACUACCUCUCAGCCAGCAUUUGACCGGCAUUUUGCGUCGCUUGUGGAAGAAUAUGGCGUUGUGCAUGCGAUCAAUCUUCUUGGUUCCAAAGAAAAUGAGGCUUACCUUACAAAUGCUUAUGCGCGCCAUCUACAAAUUGCACGGGAAGCGUUGGGGGACGAGGUCUGUUUGACUCAUUACGACUUUCACAACGCUGUUCGGUCUGGCGGUCAUGAUAGCGUAGUAAGGGAUCUCAGGCGAAUGGAGGCCAUCAGCAGACACAUUGAUAACUUUGGAUUCACCAUGUGCGACGCCGCCUCGGAUGAAAUUGUGACGGAGCAAAAGGGAAUAUUCCGUACCAAUUGCCUCGACUGCCUCGAUCGCACAAACUUUGUGCAAGACAUCAUGUCGCGUACCACUCUAGAACAAUACAUUCUCCUUGUCCGCCGGGAAUGGACCCACUCGCAUACCCUCUGGACCAAUCACCGUGAGCUGUGGGGGGAUAACGGCGACGCUCUAUCCAAGAUUUAUGCCGGAACUGGAGCAUUAAAUACUAGCUUUACGAGGACCGGGAAGCGCACUCUUGCCGGAGUUCUUUCCGACGCCACCAAGAGUGUCUCGAGGGCAUAUAUCAACAAUUUCCAGGAUUCAAGAAAGCAGCUCGCUAUUGAUAUGUUUUUAGGUAACAUGAGCAGUCAACAAUCAGUAACGAUAUUCGACCCCAUCCAUGAGUCUGUCCGCAUGGCAUUAGAAAAUAGAUUGAAUGAAUAUUCGUCCACAAAACCCUCUACCAUCUUUAUUGGAACAUGGAACGUCAAUGGUCGACCACCUUCGGAAUCGCUGUUACCUUGGUUGUUCCCUCGCGAUGCGAUAAAUGAUCCUGACAUGUUUGUCCUUGGCUUCCAAGAAAUAGUUCCUUUGACAGCACAACAAAUCGUGCAAACGGAUCCCGAAAAGAAACGGGUCUGGGAGGCACGUAUAAUGGACACCCUAGACCGUCGCCCCAAUAAAAAGUUUGACUACGUGCUUUUACGAAGCGAACAGCUGGUAGGCACGGCGCUAAUGGUGAUAGUCAAGACGGAUCUGGCAUCGGUGAUGCGAAACGUAGAGGCCGCCUCCCGAAAGACUGGACUCCGGGGAAUGUCAGGCAAUAAAGGAGCUGUUGCCGUUCGAUUGGAGUACCAUGACACCAGUUUUUGCUUUCUGACUGCCCAUCUUGCGGCUGGGCAUGCCAACGUUGAAGAGCGAAAUACGGACUACCGCACGAUCACCAAUGGGUUGCACUUCCAACGCGGGAAGACUAUUGACAGUCACGACAAUGUCAUUUGGCUAGCGGACACCAAUUAUCGGAUAGACUUCGAAAACGAGAGCGUUCGCUCCUGGGCGCUGUCAGAUAACUAUGAUAUGCUGCUGGCGGGAGACCAGCUCAAGCAAGCAAUUGAUACGGGAGCAGCUUUCGUGGGGUAUGAUGAGGGGCCCCUAUUGUUUCGACCCACAUACCGUUACAAUCUGGGAACGGAUGAAUACGACACCAGCGAGAAAAUGCGGAUACCUGCAUGGACAGAUCGCAUCCUGUAUCGGGGACCCGCGUUAGAUCUGGGAGUUUAUUCGAGGGCGGAACUGAAGGGCUCGGACCACAAGCCAGUUUUUGGUCUCUUCCGAUGUGCGGUGCGAAUAGUCGACAUCGCUAAGCGCGAAGCGCUAUCCCAGUUGCUUUUGAGAAAUGUCAUUGCGAGUGCGUCGGGAGUUCAACUUGACGAGAAGUUGGCUGCGUUGGCGCUACCUGCAGCUUUUGAUUUGCCACUUCCCAGCUCGGACGAGGAUGCAUGGUGGAUUGGGCCAGAACAUCCCAACGGUGCAAUUCUCCCUUCAGAUUUACGCUCAAUGCGGCCCGGUGUCACGAAUCCAUUCGAUUAUUCUCCAGACGAUUCCUCUCUUUCAUCGUCGACAUCAUCGGACGAAGAACUCUACACUGAUGCGUUUACACUUAACACUGAAGGCAUCACCCUCCAAACACCAAUAUCGCCAGUAAAAGCAGCUAUUCGGAAACCGCCACCACCCCCACCACCUCCACGGCGAAAGCCUGACUGA